GUCUUCAGAGUAGAUAUGGCACAAGCAGAAGCAGAAGCACAAGAGGUUAAGGAAAGAUCUAAACUUUCAAGCUACGAUGCCUACUUCGAAACCAUCCAAUCCAGGAAGAAAUUACCUCGUCCCCUACAGGAGGUUUUAACAAAUGCAUUUGCGAAAAUUCCGGUUUCAUCUUUCCCAGCAGUACCUGGAGGCAAAGUAAUUGAUAUUCCGGCAGAUACGUCCGUUGGCGACGCGGUUAAGAUUCUGUCUGAAAACAACAUUUUGUCAGCUCCUGUUAGCAAUCCAGAAGCAGAUACAAGUUCAGAUUGGAGAGGCAGGUACCUAGGUCUCAUAGAUUACUCUGCCAUUAUUCUUUGGGUGUUGGAGAGUGCAGAGCUGGCUGCGGUUGCUAUAUCAGCUACGUCAGCAACAGCGGCUGGAGUCGGUGCAGGUGCAGUAGGGGCCAUUGGGGCUCUAGCAUUGGGGGUGACUGGUCCUGCUGCGGUUGUAGGACUAACUGCUGCUGCUGUUGGAGCUGCCGUGGCUGGCGGUGCGGCUGCAGAGAAAGGAAUAGCCAAAGAUGCUCCCACAGCUGCUGAUGAAUUGGGCAAAGACUUUUACAAUGUUAUACUGAAUGAUGAACCCUUCAAGUCAACAACAGUGAGGUCAAUACUUAAAUCCUUCCGCUGGGCGCCAUUCAUUCCAGUGGCAACAGAUAGUUCGAUGUUGAGUGUUAUGCUACUACUUUCAAAAUAUAGGCUGAGGAAUGUACCUGUAAUAGAACCAGGCCAACCCAACAUUAAAAACUACAUUACUCAAUCAGGACUUGUUCAGGGUCUUGAGAGAUGCAGAGGAAGGGACUGGUUCGACUGCAUAGCAGCAAAGCCUAUCUCCGAUUUCGGACUUCCUUUCAUGUCCUCUGAAGAGGUUAUUAGCAUCACGAGCAAUGAUCUAAUACUGGAAGCUUUCAAGAGGAUGAGAGAUAACAAAAUCGGUGGUCUUCCCGUUGUAGAGGGGCCCAAGAAAAACAUAGUCGGUAAUGUCAGCAUCAGAGAUAUCAGAUUCUUGCUACUCAAACCCGAGCUUUUCUCCAAUUUCAGGAAGCUCACUGUUAGGGACUUCAUGAGCACCAUCGCAACAACCAACGAAAUUGGAAAAGUUAUCCAACCGAUUACAUGCAAACUGGAGUCGCCUCUUGGCAAUGUGAUUGAAAGUCUUGCUUCCAAGUCCGUUCAUAGGAUCCAUGUAGUAGCUGGGGAGGAAGGUGAAGUUGUUGGCGUCAUCACACUCAGAGAUGUGAUCUCUUGCUUCAUUUACGAACCACCAGACCACUUCAAUAACUACAUGGGGUUUGCGGUGAAGGAGAUGUUGAAUCAGUGAGAUUUCUGUUUGCCGAAAACUUCUACGGAGAAGCAGAGAGUCUCAAAAUUUUGGUUUGGGACUUUAAACAGUUGACAUUGAGUUGCAGUUUUUGUUUCAUGCAUCUACUUCUCAUGCAGUCUUAAUAAACUAAAGCCAGGGAGCUUUCUUCGUGUUUUAUCAUUCAUCAAUCCUCUAAUCUUUUCUGCGUCCUCCCACCUGCCAAGUGCAGCAUAUAUCUUCGAAAGGAUCACGAAAGGUGCUCGGUUCUCUGGCUCUAAUUCUGAAAGUUUUGUAGCAACUUCUUUCUCCAGUUCUGAAUCCAAAUGGCCUUCACAGGCUCCUAGCAAAGAAUCGAAAACUGCUCCGGAAGGCUCUGGUAAUUGUUCUAUUAAUUCUCGGGCUUCAUUCAACCUGCCAGUUCGACCCAAAAGAUCAACCAUGCAACCCAAAUGGAUUUGGUUUUAGACCAAAAUCUUUGUUUAUCAUCCUAAAAACUUGCAAUCCCUUGUCCACCAAACCUGUGUGACUGCACAUGGAUAGAAGACUGGUGAAAGUUGCAGCAUUUCGUUGUACUUUUUCUUCCAACAUCUGUUCAAAGACCCCGAAUGCAGAUUCACUCUCUCCGUUUCUUCCAUCUGCAUUCUCUCCGUUUCUUCCAUAUCCCGAUAUGAAUGCGUUCCAAAAUGCUGGAUAUCGGGUUUUACCCGAAACCCAUAAAAAAUUCUUCUUGCGCAGCCCACAUUUCAUGUACACGUCGAUAAGAGCAGUUGAAAUGAACAAAUCAUUGCUAAAAUUGCGUGGCCAUGAACUUCUUUUCCACAAUGCAGAGCAGAUAAAUCUGCACGCGCCGGUAAAAGACUUGUGAUAGAUUUUAAACUGGGGACUUCACCAGCUGAUUGCAUUCUCUUAAAACACUUGAAAGCUUCAAUGCCCUUCCCUAGCUGCGAAAACCCACUGAUCAUUGAUUUCCAAGUAACGGAAUCCGGUUCAAAUCCUUCGAAUUCUAGCUGUUCAAAUAGCUCAACGGCAUUCUCAGCUUGCGCAUUCAAUAUCAUUCCGGCGAUCAUGGCAUUCCAUGUAAACAAGUUCCUCUUUUCAUCUAGUUCUUUGAAGAAAGCAUAAGCCAGCUGCCAACGACCACGCUUGGAAUACACGUCCACAAGUGCUGUUCCAAUCAUAAGGUCAAGCCCGAUCUUAAUUUUGACGAUCAAACCGUGAACCUGCUUGCCGAAUCGAAGAUACGAAAGGCUAGCACAGGCAGAAACAGCCGAAAUCAACGUAACUGAAUUAGGGUUUUCACCUGUAGAAGCCCUGAAACAAAAGCAUUGUAGCUCACAACGCUCUCGGUGGGCAUUUCUUCAAACACCUUCGCCGCAGAAACCAACUCUCCGCAGUUCGAAUACAUAGUCAGAACAGACGUGCCAACAUAAACAUCGCUCUCAAUGCAAAGCCUCUCUACAGUACCCAUUUUUCAAAAACCCGGUGACCACUGCGUUCAACGAACCCAAGUUCCGUUCAGGCAUUUCCUCAAACACCUUGAGUGCAUCUCCCAUAAAACGAAGCUUCAUGUACGCAUCGGUGAGAGCCGUGGCGGAGUAAACAUCGGCCGAAAAACGGGUUUUGAAGAGAUGGGCAUGUAGAAUAUGUGCCUACGGAGCUGACCGGCCUUUCCGCAGGCUUUGAGAAGAGGCGGGAAUCUGAAUUCGCGAGGACGCAGAAACGCAGAGACGCGCUGCGCGUGUAAGUAGAGGACUUCUCUGUCCGACCCACUCGCGAUUAGUUUAGCAACUUUGCUCUUCAUUGGUUGGAUUCAAAAAUGGGUGACGUCAAUCCGAUACCACUUCUUUGUGUUUCAUUUUGGGAAACUGGGUUUACAAAUGGGCUUUAGAGUUCGGCCCGGCCCAGUUUAGAUAUCAAGAUAUUUUGAGUCGGCCGACAAGCAUAGCAC